GGUUCCUGGCGCGCUACGUGCAGGACUACCUGGAGUGCGUCGAGUCCCUGCCGCUGGACAUGCAGAGGCUGGCCUCGCUCCUCCGGGAAAUGGACACGCGAUGCCGGGCAUUGAAAGAAAUUGAUGAAGUUUAUGAGAAAUACAAGAGCGAAGAUGAUCCUGUUCAGAAAAAGCGUUUGCAGCAGCAUCUUCAGCGAGCCUUAAUCACCAGUCAAGAGCUAGGAGAUGAGAAAAUCCAAAUAGUCACUCAGAUGCUUGAGUUAGUAGAGAACAGAGCCAGGCAAAUAGACUCUCACUCUCAGUGUUUUCAAGAUCUUUCAGAUACUGAAAAACCCAUAGAAAAGUCAAAAGUGGAUCCUUGUCAACCGGAGAGAUCUUCACGAAGGCCCCGCCGGCAGCGUACCAGUGAAAGUCGCGAUAUAUGCCAUAUAGCAAAUGGAAUUGAUGAGUAUGAUGACCAGCCUCCUAAAGAAAAGAGAUCUAAAUCUGCCAAGAAAAAGAAACGCUCUAAAGCUAAACAAGAAAGGGAAGCUUCUCCAGUAGACUUUGCAGUAGACCCUAAUGAACCAACUUACUGUCUCUGUGACCAAGUGUCUUAUGGAGAAAUGAUAGGAUGUGACAAUGAACUGUGUCCUAUUGAGUGGUUUCACUUUUCAUGUGUUGGACUCACCUAUAAACCAAAGGGGAAGUGGUAUUGCCCCAAAUGUAGAGGAGACAACGAGAAGACUAUGGAUAAAUGUACAGACAAAUCCAAAAAAGAUAGAAGAUCAAGGUAGUCGAUGCUCUCAAUGUGUUGACAGCUGCUUAGUUUUUAUUACAAAAAAUCUGUUUAAUAAGCAGACCAGUAUUUUAGAAAAAUGCAUAAAGCUAUGCAAUAACUUUUAAAACCCACAGUACUAAUGGAGUAUUAAUAGAUGUUAGUACUAUUGUGCUCUUGAAUAUUCUGCACUAAAUAACCAAAUUCUUCAAACAGGGUCACAUAGGAGUAGCACAGAGGGAAUUCCGUUUCCCUCAGUCUUCUUAAUAAUGGUAGAAUUAUGUUGAUGCCUGGUAAGGAAGAACUGGAGGGAUAAUCAUGUUAAGACUGGUGUGUUAACAUCUGUUGCAGUCACAACUUUAGUUACUUUUUUAAGUCUUUCAAGGCGAAAGCCAGCCUGCUUCUUUAUUGCCUUCCAUGUGAUCUGCAUAUAUGUCUCUAACUUAUUUACGUUAAUCUUGUGGUGGUGAGUUUAGAUGUCUAUGUUUAGAGAAAGUAUAUUAAGUGGUGAAAUACUCAUGGCUAGAAGAGUUCCACUCAGCAUUAUAAUGCCAAUCCUGAACAGACGCUUAUUGUCUUUUCCAUGCUGCCUCUUCUCAUAACAUCAGUUGUAACAUCUUGCUUCUGAAUCGUGCAAUGGCCAGGAGCACAUCAUAAUGUUGAAAUGCUUAGAAAUACCGUGGAUGUGCAGGAACAGCAAUGUGUAUCAGUCUGUGGCUGUGGCAAGAGUUUGGAUUUAAGAGUCUGGAAAACAGUAAAGUGCAGUAAAUAGCAGAAAACACCUAUCUUGUAUAAAAGGAAAACAGUGAUUGUUUAAAAGGCCCUGCACUUUUCAAAAUUGUAUUAAGCUUCAUAAAGCCUGACAAAUAACGACCUUUGGAACACAGCAGCUGAUGGUGCUCUAAGAGCAGGCAUUUUCCCCUUAACAGAGCAUUUGAUGUAGUUGUGCUCUGCCUGUCAACAUAACACUGUAGGUUUUUCCAGACAGUAAGUAUUGUUUUCUUUCUGGCAGGUCAGAGGGUUUCACUUGCAUUUCAUGAAGGAUGUUACUGUGCCCAUGCAUGGCAAUAACAAUGUAAAAUAAACCGAUAAAACAGCCCAAGAACAAUGUUCCAUAUUCUUUGAAUUCUUGUUCUUACAACAGCAAUAUGAUGUUCCUGUGGUGAUUGAUACUCUAUUACAUCGACUCAUGUUUUACUGAGCUUUUAGAAGUUCUGAGUACUCAAAACAAAAAUUGAUUGCAUCUUGUGACUUGGACAGCUUCAUUUUAUAAGGGUGAGAAGCAGUAUCUGUGGGAAUUUAGAUAUAAUCCAAAUUAACUGCAGCUUUUAUUACACAUCAGUAAUUUGCGGACUCAUUACCUGUAUGUUCCAUAAAGGCAUAAGCUUGUUUCAUCUCGGCAUACCCUGAAAUUGCAUUUCACAGGUUUCAUGUGAACGGGCAGAUCAUGAACUAUUGCCCAUCAUAUAGCAGUAGUCUUCUUCCAUAAAUGUAUUCUCUUGCUCAGAGGCUUAAUGCAGAUUCAUAAUGUAGCUGUAAUUUUGUUAUUUUGGUGAAAUUUCCCUGUCUUGAAGAAAAUCAUGCACUGGCCAGGAAAACAGUCUAAACUACUGUUGUACUGUUGCAGUUGGUUGCUGUCUCCCCCCCCCCUC